AAAACAGCAGAAGCAAAUAGUGAAAGAACUAAUGAAAGGGACAAGGCUACACCGUUGGAGCCAAUUUGCUGAUAAAAAACUCUGACGAUACUCCUCCCUCUGCCAUAUCCAUGUACUGGGUCUCUCAUUCUUUUCUUUUUUCCCACAUUUACAGAAACCCUUUCUUCUUCUUUUGACUCUUUGCACACUCAUUCCUCUCUCUUUAUUCCAUAUUCUACCCCCCUUGUCUCUCUCUUUCUGUUAUCCUCUUUCAUAUUCCUGACCCGCUUUUCAAGACACACCUAUAUAUCCCAUUCCCCAUAUUAUAGAACGCACAAUUGCACAGACCUAGUUUCUUGAUUCUCCUUGUUUUGCAUAGCUAGUUCCACCAUUUGAUAUUCCCAUUUUACAGAUUCAAGAUUUUCUCCAUGUUCUCAGGACAAUGAAUGCUUAUUGCCAUCAAAAACCAUUUCUUGUUAUUGUAGAUUGUAGAUUUUUACUCCCAAUUUAGCCAUCAGAUAAUCAAGAAAAAAACAAAACCAACAUGGACAAGCACCGUAGAUGGACAUAUUCAAUAACGAAACUUGUUUUCUGGACAACCCUUUUUGCAGGUACCCUUCUUUUCAUAUGUUUCCAAAACUCUCCUCCAUCUAAUAAUGCUCAUCUCAAGGUGAUCAAACGGGGUAGUAGUACUAACAGUCGUAGUAGCCCCGAAUGGGAAAAACGUGUCAAAUUAUCUGCCCGUUCCGGUCAUUUCUCCAUCCUCGUCACCGGUGCAGCCGGUUUCGUUGGGUCCCACGUCUCCGCUGCCCUCAAACUCCGUGGUGACGGAGUCGUUGGCCUCGACAACUUCAACAGCUAUUACGACAUUUCAUUAAAAAGAGCCCGUCAGAAACUGUUGGAAAAUAAUGGAGUUUUUGUCAUUGAAGGUGAUAUAAAUGACAAUCAUUUGCUAAAAAAGCUUUUUGAUAUUGUGAAAUUUACACACGUAGUGCAUUUAGCUGCACAGGCAGGUGUUCGUUACGCAAUGAAGAACCCUGGUUCUUAUGUCCAUAGUAAUAUUGCAGGCCUCGUUAGUCUUUUCGAGGCCUGCAAAUCAGCUAAUCCACAGCCUGCAAUUGUGUGGGCAUCAUCUAGUUCUGUUUAUGGGCUUAAUACCAAAGUACCCUUCUCGGAAAAAGAUCGAACGGAUCAACCAGCAAGUCUAUAUGCUGCUACUAAGAAGGCUGGUGAAGAGAUUGCACAUACAUAUAACCAUAUCUAUGGGCUUUCAAUUACAGGGUUGAGAUUCUUCACUGUUUAUGGACCCUGGGGACGGCCUGAUAUGGCGUAUUUCUUUUUUACGGAGGACAUACUGAAAGGAAAGCCGAUUUCACUGUUUCAAGGUUCCAAUAAUAGAAGUGUAGCAAGGGAUUUUACCUACAUUGAUGAUAUAGUGAAGGGUUGUUUAGGGGCUUUGGAUACAGCAGAAAAGAGCACAGGAAGUGGUGGAAAGAAGAAAAAGAAUGCACAAUUAAGAGUUUUUAAUUUGGGGAAUACUUCACCUGUUCCUGUUACUAAGCUAGUUAGCAUAUUGGAGAAAUUGCUUAAAGUAAAGGCUAAAAGAAAUGUCUUGCCAUUGCCAAGAAAUGGGGAUGUUAUGUUUACUCAUGCUAAUAUCAGUUAUGCUCAGAAGGAAUUUGGAUAUAAACCCACAACGGAUUUGCAGAUGGGGAUACAGAAAUUUGUUAAUUGGUAUCUUGAUUACUAUUCAAUAAGUGAAAAGAAGAAUUCUUGGUGACCUUAUUGAUGGAGUCUAGCUAGCUGAUCAAGUAGAUGUUUACCCAGAACAGAAAACGGGAGUGUGUGUGGUUUUCCACGAGGAAUGCAUCAAACGCUUGUAUAGGCAUUUUGAUUUUUUAAUGGACGAAGUUUCUUCUUCUUCUUUUCUUUUUUUUUUUUUUCCUUUUUUCUUUGAUCAGAUGUAUUAAUUACUUCCAGUUAGGGGGAUUUAUUAUGCUAAUCAUCUUACUUAGUGUUAAUGAACUGUGGUUCCUUC